CCUUUUCGUUGCAUGGCUUUCAUCGUGGAUCAACAGUCAAACUUUAAACACUUUUGUAAGAUUUGCAAGAAAGGAUUUGGCUGUGGGAGGGCGCUCGGUGGGCAUAUGAGAGCGCAUGGAAUAGGCGAAGACACCGAUCACAUUGACGACGAUGAUCCCGCUAGUGAUUGGGAAGACAAACUAGGGGAAAACGUGCCACCUAGCAACAAGCGCAUGUACGCCUUAAGAACCAACCCUAAUCGGUUAAAGAAUUGUAGGGUUUGUGAGAAUUGUGGUAAGGAGUUUCUGACGUUAAAAUCGUUUCUCGAGCACUGUAAAUGUAGCUCUGAGGAUCUAGUGUCGUCGCCAGGCUCGGAUGGUGAUGACGGAGUUACAAGGAGAAGACACGGUUGGUCUAAAAGGAAAAGAUCGUUGAGAAGUAACGUGGGUAAUCUCAACUCCAUUUGUCCGUCAAGCGAAGAGGAAGAUCUUGCUAAUUGCCUUAUGAUGUUAUCCAACGCCACCGUCGAUCCUUUAGUGACCGAGCUAGAGGAGUCUUGCGCUUCCGCCAGCAAAGAAGAAGAAGAAAGACGAAACACGAUGAAUUUCAUUGCACCUAUUGCAUGUGGGAUACCAAUGGAGAAUGCCAAAGGCGUCGCCAAAGGGUUGUUUGAGUGCAAAGCAUGCAAGAAAGUGUUUAACUCCCACCAAGCUUUGGGUGGACAUAGAGCUAGUCACAAGAAGGUCAAGGGAUGUUUUGCAGCCCGGCAAGAUCAUCUGGAUGAUAGUCAAGCCGAUGAAGGCCACGAUGCUAUCACGCACGAAGAGUUCUUCCCAACAAAAUCUAGGUCACCUUUGCAAUUUGAUCAAGGAACUAGUACUACUGCAUUGAAAAGGAAAUCAAAAGUACAUGAAUGUUCAAUCUGUCACCGUGUUUUCUCAUCCGGACAAGCAUUGGGUGGGCAUAAAAGAUGUCAUUGGAUCACUUCGAAUUCACCCGACACUUGUUCUUUGCCUAAGUUUCAUCAGUUUGAAGAUCACAUCGAACAGAUUCAACAAAGACCAAAGUUCAUCGACAAAUCCGAGCCGCUCGAUCUUAAACUUGAUCUCAAUCUUCCUGCUCCAUCCGAUAAUCAUGUACAUCGAAACCACAUUAAUCCAUCGAAUUUUGAUGUUUCUACAGAAAUGUAUUUGCAGCCUUGGAUAGGAAAAGAAAAGGAAUAUAUUAAUCAACACCAUUUGCAAGCUGACAACGAUAACAACAAUGAUAAGAACAAUACUUGUCUGCAAAAUGCAGAUGACGAAGCAGACAGUAAGGCAAAGUUAGCUAAACUAAGUGAACUCAAGGACACCAAUACAACCGGAGCUUCAUCUCCUUGGCUGCGAGUUGGGAUCGGUUCAACUACCGAUAAUGUUGGCUCUGAUCCUUAA